AUGGCUAUUCUGAGAGAGUACAUUGAUAAUACGGAAGAUUAUAUUAAUAUCCAGCUUGAUAACCACCGUAAUCAGUUGAUACAGGUAGAGUUAUUCUUGAGUUCUGGGACCGUCUACCUGUCACUGUACUCAUUGGUUGCUGGAGUCUUUGGCCUAGCAGAAGCUGGAUUGAUUUCUACCAAGCUUUCAAGAUCUGAUAUGAAUAUCCCAGAAGAUGUUCAUGACAAUCAUAUCUUGUUAUCCCCUGAGAGUCCUUUGUCACGUCAAGACCUUGUGAGUUGGAAAAUGGCCCUGGAUAAGAGACAACUGCCUGAAGUUGACAGAAAUUGUUUGUUCAAACUAUCUGGCUACAUAGACAUCGAUAAGAUAAACACAGCUGCCUGGCCAGCUUUGGCUGCAGACUUGGAUGCUGGAGACCAGAGCAUUACAGCUCUUGCCUUCGGUUUCACAAGACUUUUCCAACCGAACAAACCUGUGACAAAGGGACAAGCUGCGCUAGCAUUUUCAGCUGGUGAUUCUGGCGAAGUGGUUCUGGAGGAGCUUGCCCGUAUCGAGGCAGAGAAAAUAGCUGAAGCAGCUGUAAAUGCACAUGCUGCAUUGGUUGCUCAGGUCGAGAAAGAUCUUAAUGCAAGUUUGAAACGGAGCUUAAGGAGGAAAGAGAAAGGGUAGAGACCCUUGAAAAAGUAGCUGAAGAAGCUAGGUGGAGCUAGAUAGGUUGAGGGCAGAAAGAGAGGAAGAGAAGAACAUUCUGGUCAGGGCAGAGCUGCUGUUGAGUCUGAAAUGGAAGUUCUGUUGAAGUUGAGGAGUGAGGUUGAGGAACACCCGCAGAACGUACUGAGCAAGAAGGUGGAGGUGUCGUUCGA